CUCUUGCGUUGAAGAAUUGGUUUGGUUGUUAACUUUAUAGAAAGGAAACAGAACAUGACAAUCGUGUAGCACCGAAUAUACGCGAAUGUGCUUUGUUUUGCUAUGUCGUGUAUGGAGGAUGUUAAACCGGAGGAUGUUAAAUCUUGCACUUUAAAACAGACGCCCGUCAGCUGCGUUGUUUAUGUUGUGCUUUUAAAUCAUUGACUUUGCAUGAGUGGCAUGUGUUUGGAAUCAUGCCUCAAGCCACAAGGACCAAGAAACCCGACGUGAAAGUCGUCAUUCUGGGGGACAUGAACGUGGGAAAGACUUCUCUCCUUCACAGAUACACUGAAAAAAAGUUUAAGGACACAAUAAGCACCGUCGGAGGGGCGUUCUUCUUGAAACAGUGGGGACCCUACAACAUAUCCAUAUGGGACACCGCAGGUCGGGAGCAGUUCCACGGCCUCGGCUCGAUGUACUGCCGUGGAGCGGCUGCAGUCAUACUCACAUAUGACGUUACAAACUGGCAGAGCCUGGCUGAGCUGGAAAACCGCUUCCUGUCCCUGACCGACACUGCCAACGCUGACUGCAUUUUUGCCAUAGUGGGUAACAAGGCGGAUCUGACCGACACUCACGUUCAAGGGCCAGAAACAGACGGGGAGCAAGCGGAGGAGCCUCAUCCCGUCGUCACGUGUCCGACUUCUCCCGCAAUUCUGCACAAACAGGUGAGCAGGGAAGAUGCAAUUGCCCUGUACAGCCACGUGCUGCGCUAUAAAGGUCUGGAGGAGAAGGCCUGCCUGCCUGCGGACAAGAUGUGCUUUGAGACGAGUGCUAAAACAGGUUACAACGUGGACACUUUGUUUGAAUCUCUCUUUGAUCUUGUACUACCCUCCAUUUUGAAGAAAAGGAGCGAGGGGGAGAGCUCCACAGUGGACCUUGAGUCACCCAUGGAGGUCAAAACGAAUAAAGCAGGAUGUUGUUCCUAGUGCAGAGGAUUAUGGGAUUGUUGGGGUUUUUCAGUCAUUGCCAAAUGAGAAAUUAAUCAAAGAUAUUCAUAUUGAAAUAAAAUUACUUUUAGCUACUACUAUGAAAAAACAUUUCAGGACAGUAUUACAUUUUCUUUAUGUGAAUAAAAUGUUAAAAGCA